UCUUGUUAGCAGGUCGUUGAAUAAUCCAAUCCAGUCUAAAUUGAUCCGUCAAUAUGGCGAUGUCAAAGAAAUGUUUCGUGUUCGCGUUAUGUGUUAUUGUCGCAAUCAUUGUCGGGGCUGUGAUAUUUGUUGUGAUUCAGACACAGGGACACGAAGGGGCGACAGAAGGAAACAAAUCAGAAACGGAAGAAGAUGAAAUCCUGAUUGAAGAAACGAAAGGAGCGAUUUCAGUCGAUAAAGCAGAAAUGAUGUGCGAGUCAAUCAUAAACGGCACGGAACCGAAACUGGGGGCUUACAAUCACCCUUCCAUGUAUCAAACGACUCUUGGGGUCAACACGAUCGCGACUCGCGUAGUCACACAUCAUGAAACGUCGGAUACCUACCAGAAAAAUUCGUAUUGGCUGACGGGCGAUAAUUUCGCUGACAGGGAGGCGAUAUCAAUGAUAAGAGCCGAAGCAUGCCAAGCGAAAAUUCCCGUAAUCGUGAUAAAAAUGCGUCCAAGUAAAGGUUUAAGUUUGUCCAGAAAUAUCCAAGUGUGGAAUCAUUAUCAACCAAAAUCGUUGAUUGAGACGUGGACUGAUUACGAUAAAAAACUAAACAGUUAUUUGAAACACCUUGUGUCGAUUCCAUCUAUCGUAAUUCUUGAACCUGAUCUUCUCAUGUUUUCUUAUGAUACACAUAACCUACAAUAUGGAUGGCUGAAUGAUAAAUAUAAGGAGGAAUUCUACCAACGGGCACAGAGAGUUAUAAAAGUGAUGUCAAGAUCUUGGGUGUACGUCGAUGCUGGAAACGCGGCUUAUCUCAAGACACGAGAAAACAUGGAACAUAUGGCAAAGUCUCUACUGCGUCUUGAUGGCCUUAGAGGAUUUUCCAUCAACACGGCUCAUUUUUUCAACACAUCAUACAAUAAUCUGAUGGCUCGGCGUCUCCAUUGUCUGACCGGACUUCACUACAUCACUGACACGAGCAGGAACGGUGGACCUUUCUCUCGACAGGGCAUCAGCGGUAUUGAGAGUUGUUACUUUGAUCCCCCCAGAGUACUAUCGGGUUUGCCUCCUGGCUGGUCUUGGGGAAUCAAGCUUGCACCAAGACAAAAGCGUUGGACGCCAGAAGCUUCGCCAGUACGACCAACGCAACAACAGCAACAAACCAACCCGCCAGGUUCUGGCUCUGAAGUCAUUCGCAUGCCAAGUGGAAAUCCUCCUGACCCCGGAACUAACCCGGAAGCUUAUAACCAGUAUAUAAACAAUAUGCGUAAUAACGGAGCCCACAGUCAAAAUAGUAUGGUCAACUUUGGUGGCCAACCUGGUAGCAUAGCUCAGCCACAGCCAAACAACCAUCAGCCUUCAAAUGCUAACCACAACAACAAUAACAACGGAGGCCCCAGGCGGAACGGGUAUAACGAUUUAGCGAUGCCCAGUGGGAGAGUACCGAUAAAAGCGAUUCAACCCGCGCCCACCAAGACGACGUUUCGCUCAGUACAAUUGCGAACUAAAGAAGAGGCUUUGGCCAUUUUCAGAAGAAAAACAAUGAUGCGAGGAAAAUGUAUUCGUCUCGAAGCGGUUCGGGUGCACGACGCUAACGUUUGGAUUAAAGCUCCCGGAGAAGCCGACGGGCGUUUGUACACGUUCGGAACUUAUCACAAAUGCUUACUCGGACAUUCUCAACCCUGCGCAGAAGAAUGCCGCUUGAUUACACACGCUGAACAGAGAUCUUCAAACUGUGGAUGUGAGCAGACGAACGAUGGACCUAACUCACGAAACACAAAUCAAAAUCAGCAACAAGGUGGUAGUAAUCAAAAUCCGGGAGUCUUCUUUCCGGAAUCCGGUUCCGACUCAUACACACCAGAUGUCGUUGAAACACCCGAGACUAGUUUAUUUCAACCGCGGGCUCCGCCUGCGGCAUCGCGUCCCGGUGGGGCUAGCUCUUAUACGUCAUUGGCUGAUAUACUGCGUCAAGGACGAUGAUCAGUAAAAAAUGAUUAUUCAUGUUAAUAUUUGCUAUAAAAUAGCGUCACUGUGACAAGAAUGUAUUAACCAUUCGAAUCAACAAAAAAGGUGAAUUGAUUGUUGUCAACGGAGAUCGUCGGUCAGUUUACGGUCGUCUUGCAAUUACGAAACACUUCGUCCAAAACUACCAGUCAAAAUCACUCCUACGCCUACGCAAAGUCCAGUUUCAUGAAAGACUGUUGAUUGAGGCUGUUGUUGUCUCAGUAAUGUCGUCCCGUAACACACAUGUCCCAAUCGUAGCACACUUGUUCUAUUUUGUCACACAUUUGUCCUAUUUGCCCCCUCGUACUACACUUGUUCCAGUCAUCCCUAACUCGUAACAUGAGGAGAAAGCGUUGCAAAUAUGUAUGGUGCGGGUGGGACAUGACAUUUCAGAGACACCGAUUUUCUCACACUGAAGGAUCACAGUAAACGUUUACCGAUGCAUGUAAUGUUCAUAUUGUUUUAGAGUUCACAACACGUUAUAUAUAAUAUAUGUGACAUAAUAUAUUGAUUUUGUAAACGCAACCAGAUUGGUAUCAUAUCACUAAACACAGUGGCGUAUCUAGUCAAAAUGGUGCCCAUGGUAAAUUUUAAAAAUGCGUCCCUGGUGAUUAUUGACUGACAAUUUUCAACGGUCGUCAAUGAAUUCGGAAACUUGUGCGUUAUCAUUCGAAUAAAGAAUGCAACUUUAAAUUAAUUCCAUGUUGAAAUCAUUUUAUUGAAACAUUCCACGAUUGAAAAUUCACGCCCACAAUCCAAAUGGCGGGAAUGGCUGUCAUAUCCUAUUUACGUCACCGACCAAACAAUUCGUAUCAGCGGCGAGUGCAAGUGUUGCUUCCUCAUUUUCACGACACCAACAAUGGUCACAAAACCUAAACCUCGACAUAUAAAAUUUCAAAAUCAGGUACAUUUUCCGCAUCUUCGGAGCUUGCAUGUAUAUAUGUGUACGCCAUCUGCCAUUUUUCGGGGUUUAUAUUAUCAAAACUGAAUGUUUCAGGUCCAGCUUUCGAGCUCUAUCUCAUUUCUGAUAUUUACCUUAAUUUUUAUUUAUUUGCCAAAAUAUUUGCAAGUGUAACUAAAGCUACUGCACUUCCAUUUUUUAUAUAUAACACAAAAAUUUUGUGUAAAUAAAUGAUUUCAAAUUUAAAA